UCCGACGCGUCGGGCUCUUCCGAUUGGGCGCUGGCUUCCAAAUGUAUUCAGGGCGGAAGUGGGCUGCCUGGGACGCCGGAAGUGGGUGAUGCAGCCUGGAGGACUGGACCUCUAUGCGGGCAAGGCGGGGUCCUUCUCGGAAAACGACCGAACGGCAGCCUUCCAAGAAGCUGAAAUGUGAAAAGCGGAGUCCGGAAAAGGCAGAGAGAGGAGGAGGCGGCGACAACGACAACCGCAGGCUUCGCUUGGGAGAGUCGGUGGGCAAGUCCCCCCCGGAAGGGGAUCGGCACCCGAAUAUGGCCGAGGACACACCGGCGGAGCAAGCGGUGCUCUGCAGGCAACCCUUUGCGCCAGACGCAAAGAGCGACAGCGAAGCUCUCUUUCGACCCGGGAUUCAGAAAGUGGAGGAAGAGGAGGAAGAGGGAGGAGAGGGGGAAGGGAACGGAGCGGGGUUGUCGGACGAGUCGGAGAUGGAGCCGGAAGAGACGGAGAACCCGGCGCCGCUCGAGUUCGACAACAGCGUGUUCUUGAACGAGGACAGCAACCAGCCGCUGCCGGUGGACCGGUUCUUUGGAAGCGUGGCCUUCAUGCAGGACCCUCCGCCGCCCCCUCCUUUGAGGCCCGCCCCGAGCAGGAGAGAGUUCCGGAAGGCCCACUUCAUAGCCAAAGACGAUGACGACGAUGAAGAAGAAGAAGAAGAGGAGGUCAUUUGAGGACAAUGAGGACAUCCUUCCUGCUCCACCAAGCCUAUCUCUCAUCAUGGAGGCAUCUUCUCCAAGGGAUCUUCUUCCUUGGAAGGGUCUUGACCCAAGAGACAGCGCCAAUUGGGAGGAAAGAGAUCCCAUUUGUAGGCCAACGAGAAAGGAAAUCUUGAUGAGAGACGAGGGAGUGGGGUUUCUCUCUAAGUUUGGGGGUCUGUCCAGUCCAGGAAAGCCCUUGAUGCCAAAUUAAAUGGCUGAACCCUCUUUAUUACCUUGUGCAUAGAGAAAAGACUCGCCAGUUUUCCCGAUGGACGGGAGAGGUUUCCCAAAGGAAAGUGCUCAAAUCUGCAAGGAAAAGGCUAAAGACACCUGACCUUAAGUGCCAGAAACAAGGCACGUCAUUUGUUGGUGCUUUUGGCUCUUACCGACCAAUAAUUGCAAAUGUUUUGGUAUUUUGAGCUGCUGAGAUGUUUCCAUCCCCAUUUCAGUUGAAGAAAGGACAUCCUAAAUACAGUAUCUAUAUAUAUAAGAGUGUGAUGGAAUCCUGGCGACCGCCAAAACAACAAAACUAAACACCCCACAACCUUGAAAAUUGACAACACAAUCCAUCAUCCAUGCCUCUAGGUUGAUACAACAAAAAGGAAAGAAAAAUAAAGUCCUAAUUAGAGGGAGAGGAAUAAUUGUUUUUAUCCAAUUGCUACCAGUUAGAAGGCUAAGCUCCGCCCACUUGGUCUCCUAGCAACCCACUCACCUAGGGGACAGGCAGAGUUAGGCCUCACUUCGGCCUCUUCCCCACUGCCUAUAAAAUACAGAUUAUCAGAUUUUAACUGGAUUAGAUGGCAGUGUAGACUCAAGGCCCUUCCACACAGCUAUAUAACCCAUAUAAUCUUAUAUUAUCUGCUUUAACUGGAUUAUCUGGACUCCACACCUUUACCCUUUACCUUAACUACUACCAAUUCCUCAAUACUUUAUUUCCUAUGCCACCAUACUUCGCCACAGCAACGCGUGGCCGGGCACAGCUAGUUCCUAAUAAUAAACCGAUUCAGUCAAUCCAA